AUGCUAUCACGAUCCAUCGGCAGAUUCAUGGCAUCCGAAGUCAAGAAAGUGCCCAUCCCCCGCCGUGGGGUGGACUACCGGGGCAAAGUCGUUCUCGCGCCCAUGGUCCGCUCGGGCGAGCUGCCUUCGCGCCUGCUCGCCCUUCACUACGGCGCCGACCUCGUGUGGGGCCCCGAAACGGUCGACAAGGCCAUCAUCGGAACCACCCGAAAGGUCAACCCCGUGACCAACACGAUCGACUGGACGCGGAUCCCCUCCUUCGGCCAGAAGGAGCCGCCCCCGGACGCGAAGGAGGCCGUCGUCUUCAGCACGCACGCCGCGAAGGAAGCCGGCAGGCUCAUCUUCCAGGUCGGCACGGCGGAUCCGGACCUCGCCGUGCAGGCGGCGCGCCUCGUCGCCGGCGACGUCGCCGGCAUCGACGUCAACGCCGGCUGCCCCAAGCCCUUCAGCACGCACAGCGGCAUGGGGCGCGCAGCUCCUGCGCACGCCCGACAAGAUCUGCGCCAUCCUCGAGGCCCUCGUCGCGACCGUCGUGGCCCGAGUUUGAGAUUGGUGUCAGCCCCCGACGGCGAGAAGGUCUCCAAGAAGGCCAAAAAGCGGGCCAACGCCAGUGCGCUGGCGGCUGGCGGCAAUACGGGCCAGGACCGCGCCAACCAGGCGGUCAAGACCAUGUCGGCGAGAGGCGUCCAAAAGCCUGCCGAGCUGCCGCAGGCAGCUGUUGCCCUCCCGACGUGA